ACACACCGCCCGUGUUCUACUGCGGCACAUGCAGUUGGGUUGAGAAAAACUGAUCAACAGUAGUCCCCUUGGACGGAUCGAGUUGCAGAGCGGCCGAUCGUCGAAUCGUGCGUUACUGUACAGCAUUACUCCCGAAGAGUGACAACUUGUCAGUUUUUAAGUUUGGUCGACGAAGAAUACUUGUCAACUUUCGUUGGAAUUGGUGCGAGAAAUCCGAGAGAUCGGUGCCACGUUUCGAGCGAGGCGACGUAAAAGCAUUCGUAGCUAGAAUGGAGGAGACCAACGCAGAUCGCAAUGUGGAGAUCUGGAAGAUCAAGAAGCUUAUCAAAAGUCUAGAAGCAGCUCGAGGGAAUGGCACCAGCAUGAUAUCCCUCAUCAUCCCACCUAAAGAUCAGAUAUCGCGGAUUUCCAAGAUGUUGGCGGACGAAUUCGGGACAGCUUCGAACAUCAAGUCUCGAGUCAACAGGCUCUCUGUACUUGGAGCUAUAACUUCAGUACAGCAUCGUCUAAAACUUUACACUAAAGUACCCCCGAACGGCUUAGUUAUCUAUUGUGGCACAAUCGUCACCGAGGAAGGCAAGGAGAAGAAGGUCAACAUCGAUUUCGAGCCGUUCAAACCGAUCAAUACUUCUCUCUAUCUUUGCGACAACAAAUUCCACACCGAAGCGCUUUCGGCUCUUCUCGCGGACGACAAUAAAUUUGGAUUCAUCGUCAUGGAUGGAAACGGAGCCCUUUUCGGUACGUUACAAGGGAACACACGGGACGUGCUCCAUAAAUUCACUGUGGACCUUCCCAAGAAGCACGGCCGAGGAGGUCAGUCAGCUCUUCGUUUCGCUCGUCUGCGAAUGGAAAAACGACACAAUUACGUCCGGAAAGUUGCCGAAGUCGCCACUCAAUUAUUCGUCUCAAACGACAAGCCCAACGUCGCCGGACUCAUCUUGGCGGGAAGCGCUGAUUUCAAAACAGAAUUGUCGCAGUCCGAUAUGUUCGAUCCGAGAUUACAGACGAAAGUCCUGAAAUUGGUCGACGUGUCGUACGGCGGAGAGAACGGCUUCAAUCAGGCUAUUGAGCUCUCGGCCGAGGUCUUGUCGAACGUGAAAUUCAUCCAGGAGAAAAAAUUGAUCGGAAGAUACUUCGAUGAAAUUUCGCAAGACACCGGUAAAUAUUGCUUCGGAGUCGAAGACACGCUGAAGGGUCUCGAGAUGGGCGCGGUAGAGAUUCUAAUCUGCUGGGAGAAUCUGGACACGAUGCGCUACGUCCUGAAGAAGAGCACGUCGGAAGAGCAGGUUGUGCUUCAUUUGACGCCCGAGCAAGAGAAGGACAAGUCUAACUUCGUGGACAAGGACACAGGCACCGAUAUGGAAAUGGUAGAGAAUUGUCCGCUCCUCGAGUGGUUAGCCAAUAAUUAUAAGAACUUUGGCGCUACCCUCGAAAUAAUCACGGACAGGAGUCAAGAGGGUUCUCAAUACGUUAAGGGUUUUGGAGGCAUUGGAGGUAUACUCCGAUACAGAGUUGACUUCCAAAGUCUCGAUGCCAAUAACUUGGAUAAUGAGGAUUACGAUCUUGAUGACUUCUAAACAACGUUAUCUCCGUUCGGGAUCACGAUACGCGCACACUAGACUUCCUCUGAACCUCGUUUGCGUACUUGAACGAUUCGUUGGUUUUGAGUCGACAACGAUGUGCAUGAAGAUCGUGUCCCCUAUCAUGAGGACGGAACUUCCAUUAAUUUACGUCCUUGUCGUUUCCUGGGCGGACACAGAGGAACAAACCUGAUUUUCGGUGGUUAAAACAAACGAAGGGAUUGGAUACGAGUCAAAUGCAGCUGCAUCACUUCGGUGGUGGCUGCUCGUUAGUUCAUGUGCAACAUUUCAAUCAAUCGGUCGGUCGGUGGUCUGUUGUUCUGAAUGUUCGUUGGUUGUUCAUCUCGAGGGAGACUUGCCGUUCUCGGAGGAAAAACACGGGCAGAAGCGGGAACUUGGGAAACGAGCGCUCGGAUGCUAUACCAUGAGUGAGGAAAGCUCCGAAACGGAUAGGAUAUAGUGUUUGAUAAAUGAGCGAUAUUUGU